AUGAACACAAAUUCAUCAUCAAAGGUCAAGCAUGAGGAGUUGUUACAUCAGCCGACCACCACCACCAUCCUCCGCUGCCACCACCCGCAACCGUCGACGACCACCACCCACGGUCGUCGCCACGACUACCACCCGUCGCCACCCACCACCGAGGACCACCGCCAACAACACCACCACCCGUCGCCACCACCCGUCGCCACCGCCAUUAACCACCAUCGCCGCUACCCGCCACCACCGGCCACCGCCACCCCGACCGCCACUGCCACCCUCCGCCGACCACCACCACCAUCUUCCACGGCCACCACCCACUACCGUCGACCACCACUACCCACCGUCGUCUCCACGACCACCAUCGCCACCUGCCACCGGGGACCAACCCCGACCAUCUCCGUUGCCACCGCUAACAACUGUCACCCACCGACCACCGCCAACCACCGCCGCUACCACCCACCACUGCCACCACCACUAGCCGCCCCCGAUCACCGCUACCACCCAUCGCCGAUUUAG